AUGGCGCAACCACGAAACAAUCCUUUCUCUAGGACCUCUCCAGGUCCUAGCAGCGGUCGCCCCAAAUCCGCAGUCUUCUCUUCACCCUCCCCGCUAUCCGCUGUGUCGACUCCCACGUCGCACGUCAGAAAUCACUCCCAUGCCUCAGCAGCUCCUGCCGCUCCCGCAGCGCUUCCUGCUGCUGGCCAAUUCCGCCAUAGUCGCUCCGAUUCAAGGAACAGCGGCUCUGGCACUUUUGCGCCCUCCUUCAUCAAGACUGAGGAGAUGCGCCGAGGCUCCGACACAGUGAGGGGCAUUGAAGGAGAAAACGACUUCUCAGGAAAGCGAUAUGUGUGGCUUAAGGACCCGCAAGUCGCUUUCGUGAGAGGCUGGGUAGUGGAAGAACUGGAAAAUAACAAGAUACUCGUCCAAUGCGACGAUGGCACCCAGCGAGAAGUUGACGCCGAGAGCGUUGACAAAGUCAAUCCCGCCAAGUUCGACAAGGCAAACGAUAUGGCCGAGUUGACCCAUCUGAACGAGGCAUCCGUGGUCCAUAACCUCCACAUCAGAUACCAAGCCGACCUAAUUUACACAUAUUCCGGCCUCUUCUUGGUCACAGUCAACCCUUACUGCCCGCUACCUAUAUACACAAACGAGUACAUCAACAUGUACAAGGGAAGAAACAGGGAGGACACGAAACCGCACAUCUACGCAAUGGCCGACCAAGCCUUUCGUAACCUGGUGGACGAGGGUGCAAACCAAAGCAUCCUCGUAACUGGUGAAUCCGGAGCUGGUAAAACCGAAAACACCAAGAAGGUCAUCCAAUACCUCGCAGCAGUUGCGCACUCAGAAUCACCUGUCAAGAGCAAAUCGCAACAAUCAAACCUGUCUCAACAGAUUCUCCGCGCCAACCCGAUCCUCGAAGCCUUUGGCAACGCCCAAACUGUCCGCAACCACAACUCUUCACGAUUUGGAAAGUUCAUCCGAAUCGAGUUCAACCGAGCCGGCGCCAUCUCCGGCGCUUUCAUUGACUGGUACCUUCUAGAGAAGUCACGUGUUGUGAGAAUCAACGGCCAUGAGAGGAAUUACCACAUCUUUUACCAGCUGCUCAAAGGCGCAGACAAGAAGAUGAAGUCAGAGUUUCUCCUCGAUGGCCUUGAUGUUGAGGAUUUUGCGUACACCCGCGCCGGCCACGAUACCAUUGUUGGAGUGUCGGACCGCGAUGAAUGGGACUCCUUAAUGGAGGCUUUUUAUGUAAUGGGCUUCUCGGAAAAGGAGCAGAGCUCCAUUCUUCGCACCAUUGCUGCUGUACUUCAUCUUGGAAACAUUUCCGUUGUUAAAGAGAGCCGUGCCGCAGACCAAGCCAGGUUAGCACCCGACGCGAAGGAGCAAGCAGCCAAGGUAUGCAAACUUCUCGGAGUUCCCCUUGAGCCAUUCUUACAAGGCCUGCUGCACCCGAGAGUCAAGGCCGGCCGUGAGUGGGUUGAGAAGGUCCAGACUCCUGAGCAAGUUCGGCUAGGCUUAGACGCCCUUUCGAAGGGUAUCUACGAAAGAGGUUUUGGUGAUCUGGUAACUCGCAUCAACCGUCAACUGGACCGAACAGGUAUGGGCUUGGAUGAUUCACGCUUUAUCGGAGUGUUGGAUAUCGCCGGUUUUGAAAUCUUUGAGCAAAACAGCUUCGAGCAGCUCAAUAUUAAUUACACCAACGAAAAGCUCCAGCAAUUCUUUAACCACCACAUGUUCGUCCUUGAACAAGAGGAGUACGCCCGAGAACAAAUCGAAUGGCAGUUCAUCGACUUUGGACGGGAUCUUCAACCGACAAUCGAUCUCAUUGAGCUCUCCAACCCUAUUGGUAUCUUCUCAUGCUUGGAUGAAGACUGCGUAAUGCCAAAAGCGACAGACAAGUCUUUUACCGAGAAAUUGAACUCCUUAUGGGAUAAGAAGUCCAACAAGUACCGUCCUUCCCGACUAGGGCAAGGCUUUAUACUCACUCAUUACGCCGCUGAAGUUGAAUACUCCACAGAGGGUUGGUUGGAGAAGAACAAAGAUCCGCUGAACGAUAACAUCACUCGCCUCCUCGCCUCCUCCACAGACAAACACAUUGCUGACCUUUUCGCCGACUGUGCUGAUGUUGAUGAUGACCCUGCAACGAGCCGCAGCCGCGUCAAGAAGGGCCUCUUCCGCACCGUCGCUCAGCGCCACAAGGAGCAGCUUCACAGCCUCAUGGCCCAACUGCAUUCCACCCACCCUCACUUCGUUCGAUGCAUCUUGCCGAACCACAAGAAGAAGCCUAAGCAAUUCAACAAGCUGCUUGUUCUUGAUCAACUACGAUGUAAUGGUGUUCUAGAGGGAAUUCGCAUUGCCCGAACUGGUUUCCCCAACAGGUUGCCAUUUGCAGAAUUCCGUCAGCGUUACGAAGUUCUCUGCAGGGACAUGCCGAAGGGUUAUCAAGAAGGUCAAGCCGUUGCCGCCAUGAUGCUUGACAAGCUUGGUCUUGACAAGAGCUUGUACCGCGUGGGCCUAACCAAGGUCUUCUUCAGGGCCGGUGUUUUGGCCGAAUUGGAAGAGCAACGUGAUGCCCUGAUCACCGAGAUUAUGUCGCGAUUCCAAUCAGUCGCUCGCGGUUACAUCCAACGACGAAGUGCAUACAAGAGGCUGUUCCGAACAGAAGCGACUCGCAUCAUCCAGAGAAACUUCAACGUCUACCUCGACCUCAUGGAGAACCCAUGGUGGCAGCUUAUGGUGAAGAUGAAACCCCUUCUGGGUGCUACUCGAAGUGCCACCGAGGUCAAGAAGAGGGAUGCUAUGAUUCGCCAGUUGCAGGACAAGAUGCAUCAAGAAGUCAGCGAUCGCCAGAGACUGGAGGAGGAAAGACGGAAUGUCCAUAACGAGAUGGUUCGUAUUCAGCAAACACUUGAGAGUGAGCGUGCACUUGCCCUCGACAAGGAAGAGAUCUUUAAGCGCCUGCAACUACGAGAAACCGAGCUCGAAGAAAAACUCUCCGGGGCCAUAGAAGACCAGGAGAGGCUGGAAGACCAGCUCGACGACUUGUUGGAAGCCAAAAAGCGGGCUGAGCACGAUGUCGAGAAGUACCGUGCUCAACUUGAGCAAGCUGCGUUACUGAUUGCAAGGCUGGAGCAAGAAAAGUCUGAGCUUUCAGCAAAGAUGGGGGAGUUGGAGCGCUCCAUCGAAGAGAUUUCCAAAAAGCAAUCCGAGCGUAGUGAGCAAGAGAAACGUCUGGAGGAUGAGAUCAAGAUGCUCCAAAGCCAGCUUAACCUCAAGGAUCGUAAAGCACGAGACUUGGAGAGCAAGCUUCUACAGGUUGACCAAGAUGCCGAAGUCAAGUUGCGGGCAGCGCAGAAGGAACUACAGACAUCCAAGUCAAGAGAGUCUCAGCUCGCCCUCGAAAAUCGUCAGGUCCAGCAACAACUCUCCGAAUUGUCCAAGACUUCAACAGAUUACGAAGACUUGAUCCGAAAGAAAGAGAGUGAGCUUUCUGUUCUCCGAGGCGACAACAAGAAGCUUGAGAUGGAUCGCCGUACAUUUGAAGAUCAGAAGAAAACUCUCGCCGCUGAGAAGGAGACGGCCGCGUCCAAGCUCCGUGACGUCCAGGCCGAACUCACGGCUAUCAAAGCACAGCAGUCUCAGCUAGAAAGAGAAGCCGAGGAUGCCAAAAAACUCCUGGAAGCUCGACUCUCCGAGGAUGCGCAAGCAGAUGAGAAUCGGCAGGUUCUGGAGGCUCAGAUCAAGGACCUCAAGGACGAACUCUACAAUAUUCAGAAGGAACUCAGCAGAGAGCGUCAAUCCCGCGAUGACGUCCUACUACUAAGUGAGCACAAGUACAACACUCUUCAAGAGGAGUACGACCAUCUGAAUGAGUCCAAGAUCAUCAUUGAGAAGGAACUCUACGUUCAGCAGGAUCACUUGCGCCGGACAAAGGAGGCUCGUGAUACGGCAGAGAAGGAGCGCGAGGAAGCUCGACAGGAAAUUAGACGCCUUCGCAUCGCCAAGACGCAAGCUGAAGAAGCCCGGAUGCAAGCUGAGGUCGAGGGAGAGCGUGCUGCUUCUCGAGCUGCUCGCGAACGAGAGGAAAGCCUUCGCAAGGACCUGGAUGCUGCCCAUGAACGCUUGAAAUGGUUCGAAGACGAGUGCGCUAAUCUGAACCGCCAAGUUGAGGAGCUGAACAAGUUGAUUCUUUCUUCCGGAGAGUUUGGGCUCAAGAACGACCAGGAGAAGGAAAGACUUGAGCGUGAACUGGUCACAGUCAAGGGCCGCCUCAAAGCGUCCGAAAACGACAAUCGCGCUCUUCUCAACAAGCUUCAACAAAAAGGACUCGAGAUUGCACGCUCAAGCUCCAGAGCGAGUGAAGCUUCGAGAGGACAGCUGCUGGGCCUGCAAAAGGAGAAAACUCGUGUCGAGGAACAAAACUCAAAGUUGAACAAGCAACUAGGGGAUGCCCAGCUCACCAUCGCUGGCCUUGAGAAAAAGGUUGAGAAAUUGCAACUUAACGUUGAAGACCUGAACCACGAAGUGGCCCGGGAAGCUAAGACCUCGAGGAACGCUGAAAAGAUGACAUCGACGUUCACGGUGCAAUUGGCCGAAGCCAACCGGACAAUUGAGUCUGAACGCCAACAACGCACGCAAGCACAAGCCACUGUCCGCACUCUGCAAGCAACUAUGGAGGCUAGGGAGCAAGAGCUUCAAGAGUUGCGAGCACAGAUGUUGAGUGUGCUCAAGACAGUCGAUCCCGAAGUUGUAAUUCCGCCUCAAGCGGAUGGCGCAAACGAGGGCAUGCUUACCAAGAACUUCGACCUUGUCAGGAAAGUUGAGGAUCUCCAGCAGAACCUUCGAGUUCAAACUGCUGCCCGAACGAACGCCGAGACACAGCUAGCCGAGCUACGCUCUAAUAGAGGUGUUGACUCUCCCAUGAGGCCGAAGCUGGAGGAGAUCAGUCCUAACGAGGCCCCGUUUAAUGGCUCGCCUACAUUUAGGCGAUCUAAGCUGCAGGCUCGCCAGUAUUCGAACAAUUCGACACCCACUCGACGACUUGAGCCUGAGCCCUUUGACUCGGCUCGAUCUGACAAGACUGCGGACAUUCUCAGCUUCAACAACCGUAUGGACCUCAAGGCUGAAGUUGAAGAGUUGCAAAAUCAGCUUCAGAUUGCUCAAAUGCAGAACCGUCAUCUCCAGAGCCAGAUUGAGCGUGCAUCAUCGUCCUCGGACGACUUUGAUGAGAGCCCCUCUUUGCUUCGCAUGCAAAAACUUGAGAAGGUCAACAGUCGUCUCCACGACAUGCUGGAUGACUCAGCUAAGAAGGUAUCGGCCCUGGAGCGAAGCGUAAGAACCGGCGAGCUUUCCCUGCGUGAUAUUCAAACCCGAUCCCACGAAGAGAUUCUAGAUGCCCUUAACAGCCAAGAAGAAGCACGCCGAUCUCUUCUGCACAGCCAUAGGGAUGCUAUUUCGGAGCUCUCGGACGUCAAGAACCAUUUCGAGAAGAUGCGUCACGAUCGUGCUGCCCUCGAAGUUGAACUUCGCGACACCAAGUCCGAGCUCGAGGAAAUGACGAUGGCUCGUGAGCAGGAGGCGGACAGCCGCAGCCAGCUCCUGCAGGAAUUUUCUGACCUGCAGAUCCGGCUUGAUAACGAGACAUCAAAACUUGCCGACGUUGGGUCCAGCUUGAACCUGUACAAGAGUCGUGCUGAUGAGUAUUUCAGUAAAUUGGAGCAAGCGGAAAUUGCGGUGCUGAAGGCAAGCCGAGCCGAGCAGUUCGCGAAGGCACAAGCCAAAGAAGCCGAGGAAACGUGCGCCGAAAUCAUGUCCGAAAGAGAAAGAAUGGAUUCCACCCUCGAGGACCUACAACGCCAAAACCAGAGACUCGAAGAGAAACUCGAAGACGUAUCGACCGAUCUCGAAGCCGCGACCCAAGCGAAGAAACGACUCCAGCACGAGCUAGAGGACUACAGAAACCAGAGAGCGAAUGAAAUUGAAGACAAGGAGUUGAGCAUGGAGCAGACCCGCAAGAAGUACCAAGCCGAGUUCGCCACGCUAACCAAGGAACUGGAUCUGGCUCGUGAAGAGAAGCUCUUUAAGCAGGCCGAAAUCGCGCGUUUGCGCGAGGAACUUGACGAGCUCCGCUCUAAGUGGGACGACGAAGUUCUGAACAGCUCGACCUGGUCCAAGGAGAAAUCACGCCUCGAAUCGACCCUGGCCGACGUCGUAUCCUCUCGCGAUGAGGCGGUCAAUGCCCACAGUGAGGCACAAGGCAAGAUUGUCACCCUCCUCUCGCAGGUCCGAUCCCUUCGCGCGUCAGUGGACGAUAUCACCUCGGAACGGGACCUUCUCGUCCGGGAGAAGCGCAGCAUCGAGGCACGCCUGGAAGAGGCCAAGGCCGGCCUUGAAGAUCUCACCAACGGCGACAGCCCAUCUCUGCGCGAUGCCGCAAACAUUGACAAGGAGAUGUUGGAGCUGAAGUCGAACCUGGCCCAACAGGAAGAUAUCGCCGCCGCGGCGGUUGAGAAGAUGAGACGUGCCGAAGCCUUGGCAUCUGAGAUGCAGAAGGAGGCCAUGGUCGAACGCGAGACCAGCUCUCAGCUUCAGAAGGACAAGGCCGCUCUCGAGAAGUCGCUGAAUGAGAUUCAAAUCAGAUUGGUUGACCUCGAGACCAAGGGCUACUCCAGCGCUAGUCACGACAUCAAGUUCCUCCACAAACGCAUCCAAGAGCUUGAGUCUCAGCUUGAGGAGCAUGAGAAUGAACGAAACAAGUCCCAGCGAUCGGUCCGCAACGUUGACCGAAUCGUCAAGGACCUCCAGGGCCAGAUUGAGCGCAGGGACAAGCAGAACACGCAGCUGCAGGAUGAUGUAUCCCGCAUGCGUGACAAGGUCGAGAAGCUGCUGCAGACGAUCGAGGAACUUCAGUCCUCCGAGUCAGAGAUUCAGCUGUCGACUCGACGAGCGGAGCGGGAGCUUCGGGAAGAGAAGGAGAAGUCGCUUCGCCUCGAGCGCGAGCUCGAGGGCCUCAAGGCCUUGAGGGCCGAGAAAGGGUCCGUGAUGGGGAGUGUUCGCGGUGCUUGGCGUAACGGAUUCGGCAUCGAAGAUGAUGCCGCAUCAAUGAUUUCAGUCCCCAAGCGCAAGAGCAGCCUUAGUCGGGCUCCUAGUAUGACGAAGGGCUUCUUGUAA